AUGAAUUAUAAUAGAAAUGAAUUGGAAAAUUAUAUAUUCAGACCUCAUGUUAGUUAUCUACAUAAUGAAUAUAAAAAAAAAACCUAUUACUGGGAAUAAAUAAAAUUGAGUAAAAGAGCUAUUAUGAUUCUGAUUUUGACAUAUUUUGAAACCAAAAUACAUUUGAAAGUAUCAUUAAUAGGGUUGAGCCUAAUUAUUUACCAACUAUUAGCGAUUAACAAAAAGCCCUUCAUUAUCACAAAAUUCAAUAAGCUUGACUUAUCGUCAGGCUAAAUAUGUUCAAUAUCAAUAUCCUUAUCCGCUAUCAAAUAUGAGAGCGAGCAGCUAAAUAAUCUAGGGAUAUCUCUCGCAUUCUAAACCUGUUUAAUUGUACUUUUACUUAUGAUAACUUUUCCAUUUAUUGAAAGUAUAGUAAAAAUAUAUUACAAAAAAUAUAUGUUGGUUAUCAUGAAAAUCUUUAAAUUCAAUUUUCAAAUUCAUGAAAUUUACAAAUUUAUCAUAUCAACUUGA